AUGGAGAAAAGCAUACCUCUCGCGGCGAUUGGCGACAAACCCAUUCCUGGGUCUCAGGAUGGAGAUGCCACCAGCGGAUCGCCCAUCAAAGAGCAGGAUCAGCCGCGGAGGCUAUUUUCGAUAUCACAGCUCUUCGCGUUCUCUCUGACUUAUAUGUCCUUAUGGAAUUCGUACUUUGCAUUGUACAAUGGGGGCCCAGCCAGCCUUUUCUUCAAUUUCAUCAUUGUGAUGAUCGGAGCCAUGGCUCAAGCCGCCUCGAUUGGAGAGAUGGCGUCGAUGCAGCCCAUUGCCGGGGCACAAUAUCAUUGGACAUGGUAUCUCGCUCCGCCCAAAUUCAGGCGAUUUACGACCUGGGUCCAAGGGUGGUCAACAUGGUUUGGCUACAUCUCACUUCUCGCGGGCAUUGCGAACAGCAGCAUUGUCAUCCUGGAGUCCAUCAUCAGUUUGAACUACGAAGACUACAAGAAGGGAGGCUGGCAUACUUCCGUGCUGGUGAUUGGCCUCGUCUUCGUGCAAGCCGUGGUCAACAUUUACUCCUUCAAGCUUGUCAUCUGGUUUGAGUUGCUGGACGGCAUCUUGCACUGCGUGCUGUUUGUGGUCUUCAUUGUCGUACUUCCAGCGAUUGGGACACGCAACGGCCCGGAAUUCUUCGUCUCGACAAAUAUUUCUUCCGGCUACAGCGAAAGCCCCUUCAUUGCAUGGAAUGUCGGCAUGCUCUCCUGCGUGUGGAUCUUUACAGGUUUCGACAGUGUCAUCCACAUGAGCGAGGAGACACGUGCGGCAAAGCAAGCAGUCCCCCGCGCCAUGUUCUGGUCCAUUGUCAUGAAUGGCACCAUGGGCUUCGUGAUCGCCGUCGUCUUCCUGGUAGCCAUGGGCACCGUCGAGGACGCGCUGAACGCGCCAAGCAUUGUCGUCGGCGUGCUCAUGCAAGUUACUGGCUCCAAGUCCGCCACCACUGCCAUGAUGACGGGAAUCUUCAUCGGCGCCUUUGGGUCAAACCUCGCGUCCAUUGCCUCGGUCUCGCGCCUCACAUGGGCGUGGGCGCGUGACGGCGGCCUGCCCAAGUACUUCGGCCACGUCGAUCACAAGACGCGCAUUCCGCUUCGUGCUGUCGUGCUGACCGUCUUCCUCCUCUGCUCCCUUUGUCUGCUCAUUAUUGGGAGUGAGACAUAUGUAGUGUUUGGCGCCAUCAUGUCGCUCUCCUCGCUGGCGCUAUACCUCAGUUACGCCAUCGCCAUCUCGAGCAUGCUGUGGUCGCGCUUCUUCAAGCCCGACCUCGAGUUUGGACAGUGGAACCUAGGGAGGAAGGGUCUCUUUAUCAACAUCUAUGCUCUUGUCUACACCCUGUGGGCCAUGGUCUUUUUGCCGUUCCCCACAACCAUUCCAGUCGACGCCACGACAAUGAACCAUUGCGGUCCAAUGAUGGGACUUGUGCUGGUCGUUGCCAUCGGUCUGUGGUUCCUCAAUGCUCGCAAGCACUGGGCAGGCCCGAACGUCACCAUCAUCGACUUUGUCAUGCGCAACUCAUGA